AUUUAUAUCACGCAGCGAUGCAAUUAAAAAUGCGAGGGAAUUAUUAAUGCACGAGAAGCUACAGGAAUUUGGUGUUGUGUUGAAAUCGGAGAGGACCUGAAUGAAAUUGCGACAAGAGUUCUUAAGGUGUCUUCAGGAAAACGACACCACUACUGGAAUGCUAGCAAUAUGGCAGCGGGCGCACUGACAGGGCUCAACAACUUACUGAUCUUGGCGCGAAAGCUCCGUCAUCCUCUCCUCUUCCUACGCGCGAGGCGCGACUUGGGUCUUGAGCCAGCAAUACCGAAGUGCUCCUGGGAUCCCCUGGGUCAGGCUGGAAGACCCAAGGGGUUCGAUCGCAGGCGCAUUUGUAUUCCGAUUUCUUCGGGAUUGCGUUUCCUUGCGGAAAUCUUGAAUAUAACUCAGGUUUGUGUUAUGAAGAGGGGGCUGCGGGGUGUCGCUCUCGCACCCCCGACCACUUUUAAGACAGCGACUGAGGCCACCGCCUGAAUGAGUAAUUCCUUCCACAGCAGCCCAACCUUCGAUGAGACAGCAGCCCUCGAUUUACCAUAUAAACACUGCCGAGCUGGAUGCAGCCUGCACCCCAUUGUGUACAUUACAUUGACAAACCAAAAUCAUGCCAAUGGAAUAAUGAUACCGGGCAUAUCAGCGAAGGAGUUUUUUGCAGUCUUGAAAUUUACGUAAAAAAUUACAUACUUACUUUCUUAUUUAAAACCAACGACACAGACAAUAUUUCAAGUGAAAUUUUAAGUAUUAUAUAAUUUACAUGCACACAACGUUUCAUCUGGUUGCUAGAAAGUCUGGAAGCCAACAAGAGACAUACAUGGAUGGAAUUCACUGAAAUAUAGUUUAGAAUA